GGUUUAGGAGGGCAUUCUUCAUGUCAUUGCCUCCUACUUCCUACCUACUGCCUUUAGAGCUUUGGUAUCGUGCUCAACGAUGAUCAAUGACUUCUAUGGUUGGUGUAGGUACCUUCCCUCCACAAUCCUCCAGCCCUCAAAAACAGUCUCGCCCCAAUCUCCUCCGUCUCAGCCAGCCAGCCAGCCUGCCUCAGCCUCAGCCUCAGCCUCAGCCUCUUCUCUCUCGCGGCGGCUACGCACUCUAUCUUUCCUUCCCUCCUAGCGAGAGGUGGAGAAACAGCGCCAAUGGGUCUGGAGCAGCGGCUGAGAGAGGAUGAGGUUGAGGAUAGAGGGCAGAGUG